UGAACCAAUGGCGUGCAACCUCCUGCCGAAGGAAAAAAUCGGAUCUUUGCAGCUCGAAAGAGAGGAGUCGGAACUCGGAAACAGGAUCAUAACAGCAGAUUCAGCAAGCAGGAGCUGAGUAGGAAACUGGUGUUGCUGGCAAGUAGCUGGCUGUGUUCCUACGUGGUCAUACCACUUAACAGUAAACUUACUGCUCUGGGGAACGAUUGAGACAGCAUCGACUCAAAGCAAUCGUACUGAACAGACGGGUGGACGCCUUUAUUAUCUUUGUCUACCAAGCUGACAACAAUACGCAGAUGGACAGCAGAACUGCCCCAGAAGACAAACCUGUGCAACGCUCCAAGUCCUUCAGCUUUAAGACGCAGAGGGAGGUGUGUUCAUCCUGUCAGAAGACUGUGUACCCCAUGGAGAGGCUGGUAGCAGAUAAACUCAUCUUCCACACUACCUGCUUCUGCUGUAAACACUGCAACACCAAACUCAGUCUGGGCUCCUUCGCCGCCCUGCAGGGCGAGUUCUACUGCAAGCCGCACUUCCAGCAGCUGUUCAAGAGCAAAGGGAACUACGACGAGGGCUUCGGCCGCCGGCAGCACAAGGAGCUGUGGGCCAACAAGGACGCCGAGAAAAUCACCAAGAGCGCGUGAGCGCCCCCUGCAGCCCGGCAGCGGAGCAGGCUAACGCAGCGCGCUCACUCCACGUGCCUUCCACCACGCAGACACGCAACCGCUCACAGGACUGCCCGACGGCCUCGGUGUUAUCUUUAUAGAUUGGGGGGGGGGGGGGGGUUGUUUUAUUUAUUAUAUUAUUCUUUUUUUUUUUUUUACAAAAUUGUGUUUUGGUGUUCUUUUUAAAACUGCUUUUUUUGUGUUCACCAAUGUCACCAACCUACUUUAUUUUUUAGCUACAGUCCAGAGUAUUUUCAUUGGGUCAGGGAAUGUGUGUGGUGUUUGUAUUGCCAGAGAAUAUGAACUGUUCACUUGGCAGAUGUCACUUGCUUUAGUGUUGGGCCCUGUAGGAGACAUAAAUAAGAUUGCUGUGAUAUAAUUGAUUUUUAAGCUGAGGUUUUUAUUAAGGUUUUCUGGCUUUUCUUUGCUCGACUUGAAAGUCUUUUGUGUUGUUCUAAAAGAGAGUAAAAAAAACAAACUGUGAAUGCUGGGAGAGUGGGCGGGGUCUGACAGGGUAUACCUGUACGCUGUGGUGGAAAGUCCAGGUUCAGAAAGUAAAAGUCCUUCCCAGUAUUUUGUUCCAGUUCUUCAGGCAGGAGGUUGAACUAAUUGGUGAAUUCAGCUGGCUGGGUUUAUGGGUGGAGGAAACGCAUGGGGGGACUUAUUUUAUCACCCCCCCUGGACUUACCCACCUUGGCCUAUACGUGUGAAACUUACAGGGUACGCCGUACUGUACAUAUCUCUCUAACCAGCCUCCCAACAGCGGCUGUGUCUGUGGCAGGGGGACCCAGCUCUGAGUGCUAAAGACCAAACUGCAGACUGCUUCCAUUACAGAGAGUGUGCAGGUGAUUAGGUCUUGUAUCUCUUAGCCUUUUUUGUGGUGCAGGACGCGUUCUCGACUGUGUAAAAUGUGGGCCGUCACAUUUUAAGGGUUCGACUUCAAACUCUCUUUGAUGUUUGGUGUCUCUUCAUUGCUGCCUUCCGUUGGUGUUGGUGGGGUUUGCUCCUGUCAGUCUAUAGCUUACCCAUUGAGCUACAUGCUGGGUAGAUCACUGAUGAUGUCAAAUCUCAUUUUGCACAGGAGAAGCUUCCGGAAAAUUAGGGGUCUGUACAGAGUUGCUGUUUAUACUUGAUAAAUGUACUCAGUGUCCUGCUGUGCUGAACAGCACCACCAAGGACAACAAGUACCAGGCAGCACAGGAAACCUGCGUCACACAAAUAUCCUUCCCCCCUGCCAUAGCACCAUCAAAUUUUUUUCCCAGGGUUUUUUUGUUUUUCCUUUUUUUUGUCUUAAUCAUUAAUUGAAUUUUGGCACGACACGAAUGCGCACAAGGGUUUAUCGCCCAGGUGACCGUAGAGUCGGCCAGGAAUCUGCCACAUGGCCGCAGCGAAGCGUUUUACCGGUGCCGAGGGGCGCUCCUCGCUCCUCGGCUGUCUGAUUAACGGGCGCCGAGCGCCGCUCCAGCGAUGUGAGCGGCUGAACUCACCGGGCCCGGCUCCGCCGCGCAGGGACGGGCCUUUCAAGUGCUCCCUCGGCUAAAGCGGCCUUUUCACAGCAGGGUGAAUUUAAAAAGGGUGGAUUCCUUUUUUUUUUUUUUUUUUUUUUUUAACUGUACCUCAGGAGAAUACAAGGCUUUGCUCAGGAACCAGGCCAGAUGGGCACUGCUGGCAGAGCUUCAGGUCUCUUAAUCGGAGAACAGGUCCUGCCUGAGGUCUGUCACAGUAGUUUGGGGGCGGUAAGGCCGCCAUUUUUUAGAAUGAGAGGAACCAAGUGCCCAUCCACUGAUGCCGCUAGCCGACCAGUACCCCGCCGCAAUGUUUUUUUUGGGGAGAGGGAAAUGGUUCCCCCUCCUGUUGCCAUGGUGAUGAAUCCGAAUGCUGAGAAGUAGCCGUGGAUGAGGAAACUGACUGUUAGGAGCCGUGGAGCCAGCGGCGAAGCUGCACUGUGGAGCUGCACUGUGGAGCUCCACUGUGGAGCCAGAGGCGGAGCUGCACUGUGGAGCUCGGGCCGUGGAGCCAGAGGCGGAGCUGCGCUGUGGAGUUCAGACAGGCUGCGCUUGAGGUGCAGGUCUUCGAAACGGCGGGAAUGUUCACACUGCAAAAAAUGUGUCUUAACAAGUCUUGUAAUUAGGCUUCAAAUCUCAUUUUCAAAUAGCGUGUUUUAAGUUACUUUUUGCUUGACAAGAGAAAUUGUCUUACCCCAUUGACUAAUCUUGAAAUGAGUAAAUGUCUCACCUCAUUGGCAAUCUCUUUGUUUUAUUAAACAAAAAAUUUAUAGAUAUAAGAUUAUGGGUUCAGUUUCACAGGCACAGCCUAACCAUAGUCCUAUAGCAAAUUCAAUUUUGAAUGGAGAUUCUCUAUACAAAACUCAAUUUAGUCCAGGACUAAGCUUAAUCUGUGUCUGUGAAACAGGCCCUAUAUUUCUAAAUUUAAGACUAAAACACUCGUUAAGCUUGACUUACUUUUUUGGUUUUCGCUGCGGCAUGUCUGUGACCCCAGUAAGAUCAGGCUCACUAAAGACCAGGCCUUAGUGCGGCGGCUGUGGCUGACCGCCAUUUCCGCCGGCCUGCUUGCGCACAGCGCAGCUCCGCUACUGUCUCUGGGCAGCACCUCCACCAUAAUCACACUGCUGGAAGCCAGACACUGUUCUCUUUUAGCAAGGCGCUUUCUGCCACUGUGAGUUUGACAGUGACCACUAUAUUCUAAAAUAUUAUGCUGUAUUCACAGUUUGAAUUUACCACUGUUUGGAAGCACGAGCCUCCUCUUAUGUCGAACAGAUUUCAUUAGCCUUUGUGUACACAGCUGUAAUCUAUUUGACCUGCAUUUUACCUCUAAGCAUCCCCUACCCGAAGAGUUGCAUAAAUUUACUAUAUAAGAUCUGUUUAUACAAGGUUCAUUCUAAAAAACACAAAGGUAAGAAAGUAGAAAUAGUUGCUAAAGCUUGUCCUGUAUGGAUUUAUGGCUAAACUGUGAGGUCGAUCGGAAAGCUCCGCCCCCUGCUGGAGGGGAGUGGCUUGGUUCACUUGAAAAUGUGAGUGUCAGUGUAAGGAGUGUGUGAAAUGUGUUUUAUAUUCAGAUCAGCUGUGACAUUGUACAACAGUGUCAUUGGAGGCUUUUGGCUGAAGAUACAGCUCGUGCAUUGUGACAAAUGGGUAAAGGAAUUAAAUGAGUUUUUUCACAGGUCAAGUUGUAUUUGUGUUUUGGCCCAUAAUCUAGGCAGACAGUUUUAAAUAAUUUUUAAAAAUAUUAAUUUAUUAUAUUUUAAUUUCAUGUCAAAGCCAGCAAAAAUAAUAAUCCCUUUGGAAACCCUCCUUAACUAUUUGUAUGGAUAAAACAAUAUCUGUGGUCGGAAAUGUCCAUGAAACUCAGUGUCUGUAGAAAUGAGACAUGACAGAUUUAAGCCUUCUGUUUCCAAUCCAAUCAGUACUGUUCGAACAAAUGACUAAUGAAAUGCUGGCCAAUUGUUAUUUUUAGGUUUUUAAAAUAUUUUUUUAAUAAGGACAUGUGCCUGCUUUUUCGUGCUCAAGUAAUGCGUGAAGAAUUUUUCACAGCUCGUAGUCUAGCAUUCUGAGUCAGUCCAGUGCUAACAGGGUGCCUUCUGGGUACACAGGGUAACGGGACUGUGUUCGGAUUACUAUUGUUAUUUUUGUAAUUAUCGCAUGGUUCAAACUGUGUUCACUCCUGAAUUUUAAAACGAAAUGUUUGCAGGUAUUUUAGACCACACGUAGCGAUAAUGACAUAUACUACCGUUCUGCAGCAGAAAUGAAGGACUAUAUGCAUUCUCUCCUCGUUUUUUUGCCACUGGGUACUGCAUGGUUCUUCUCAACAUCCAUAUUUUCUUUAAAAGGUAUGCAUGCAUUUCUCAGAGGCAACUGUAAUAAUAAAUGUAAUAAAUGUGUGAAUUAACAGCUGUAUCUUGUUUAUGUGGAGGUACACCUUUUUUUUUUUUUUUUUUUAAAUGCCAACCUCAGUAUUUUCAGGAAGGAAAUAAUUUAGUCAGAAUAGUCAGAAUUUGUCGGAAGUGUGUACCAUAAAGUUAGCUUGUAAAAUGAUGUGGCCUUACAGCAGAGGCUUUGGCUUUGUUUUACUUUCUUCACUUUUUGUACUUUUUUGUAUUUUUACCCUCAAGCUGCAUUGUGUAGAGAAACAAUUAUUAAAAGUAAAAAAAUAAGCAUUUUCACGAA